AUGUUUGUUGAAGAUUAUUAUAGGAGACUCAUAAAAUAGUAAUGUAAACUAAACUCUAAGGAAAUUAAGACUGAUAGACCAUGGUACCCUAAAAGACAAUAAAAUGAAACAAAGAAGGAGGAAUAUAAAUUAUUUAUGUUACCUCCAAACAAAAUGAUUACUUUACUAAAAAAAAACAAAAUCUCAGCUCAAAAUGAAAAAAUAAAAGAAUUCUUGCAUAACCAUUCCUUGAAAUAAAUUGUUGAUUUCGGUGAAACUUUGCAAAGUACAUUAGAUAUGAAAGUACAAAGACCUUCAAUUUAAAUUCCAAUUCCUAAAAAUAAUAAUAUGGGACGAUAAUUAUUUCCAGUUAAAAGAAGGCCAUUGUAAUUACCUUCAACAAGAGUUAUUACUGAGCCAAGCAAGAAAUCAUCAUCUUAAUGCAGGAGUGUGCAUAAAUUUAUUAGAUUAAAAUAAAGCGACCAUUCCAAUGAAGAACUAUAUAGCAUAAUUACAAAACUUAAUUAUUCUCCUUUGCAUGUAGAUACAACAAACAUUUGCAAAAAAUAGACCUAACCUUAAAAAAUUGUUUAACAACAACCUUAUAUUAAACCUGAAAUUCCAAAAAGUGUAUUGCCUUAUCCUCCAAGAACUAAAAAACAAUUAAGAUAAUUUCUGUUGAGAGCACUUAAAAAAAUCAAGGCUUUGGGUCUUACAAUAAAAUAUGUUAUGAAACAUAAAAUAUUUUCAAAAAAACCAUAUGAAAAAAUCAAUUCAAAGGAGUUCAUACAUGCUGCCAAACAGAAUAAAAUUGAAGAUAUUGAAAACUAUCUUUAAAUCAACCCAUAUUUGGUUUUUGAAUAUGAUUUUUAUAAUAUGACUGCAUUACAUUGGGCAUGUAAAAAGGGUUAUAUUGAAAUCGUUGAGAUUUUAUUGAAAUAUCAUUCGGAUAUUGAUGGAGUUGAUAUCUUAUAUCGUACUCCAUUAAUAUUAUCGAUUUAAGAAAAUCAUUUAGAUGUUACACAUCUUCUCUUGACAAAUGGAGCAUAUCCUUGGAGUACAGCAAUAACAGAUUUGAAAAGUAUUCUAGAAGAGAAUGAACGUGCUAAGAUUUUACUUACAAGAGUUAGAAGGGUAAUUAAUUACUUAUAUUAAUUAUAGUUAUAAAUUAUGGCUAAAUGGACUCAAUCAGGAGAAUAUUUGAAUCUAAUUUGA